GGCUUCAAAAGCAGACUCUACAUGCAUGUAUCCGUGGAGCAGUGUGUGUAUAUAUAUAAGUGAAGGUUAUGUCCAGUUGUCUGCCAUAGAAACUUCCGACAAACAGUGAUAGAAUUAUAAUUAAUUGAGUGGUGAAUAAAUGGAGCAAGGUGCAGCAGCAGGUUGGUGGCGAAAAGGGCCUUGGACUCCUCAAGAAGAUGAGCUGCUCUUUCAGUAUAUCUCUCAGAAUGGUGAAGGCAGAUGGAGCUCUGUCUCUAAGUGCACAGGUUUGAAAAGAAGUGGGAAGAGCUGCAGGCUGAGGUGGGUGAAUUACUUGAGGCCUGACCUUAAAAAAGGACAAUUAACACCUCAGGAAGAAGGCAUCAUUAUCGAACUUCAUGCCCUGUGGGGUAACAAAUGGUCUACUAUAGCAAGAUACUUACCUGGACGAACAGACAAUGAGAUAAAGAACUACUGGAGAACUCAUUUCAAGACCAGAAGCCCAUCCACUCAUCUCAAGAAGCGCAAGAUUCUCAACCAACAACAAGCUCAUCGUCGUCCCAAUAAUGUCACUAUUACUGAACCCUCUCACUCUCACGACAAGGAAAUGGCGUUUUCGAGCAUCAUCGAUAUUAAUCAUCAAAGUGCUUCAUCAUUUGAUGAUUUCGUCGCCCCAUUUGAAAUGGAUUGUUACUUGUGGAACUUGGAUGAUGACCAUCAUCUUCCAAAUAUUAUGCCACACGAAUAUUAUCACCCUUUUGAAGGCGAUGCAGCAGUUGAUUACUACGUCCAAACUGCAGAGGUUUUGCUUUAAGGAAUUUAAGCUUCAUAUCAUCAUUUACUUGUUAAUUCAUAGUUUCACCUUCUUUUCAAAUAUAAGGAAAUGGACUCUCGCAAUAUGUUUCAUUUUCCAAUUUGGAUAUUGUAACUGUUCAGUUAAAUAGAACAAAAUAUUCUACAUCAAGGAAAAGGAAUGGGCUUUCAAAUG